GGGAGCCACUGCCGGCUGUUCCCCAGGAAGACCAAAUAAGGAAAUGACGUGCCGUCCGUGCGGCGAUGUCCUCAAAUAGAAAGUGUGCUUUAAACGCGGCGUGGAGGACCGUCUGACAGAGACUCCGCGGACUCUAAACCAGGAUGGGGGACGUCGCAGAGGACAAGGCUAGCUUUUACGCCAACGCAGAGGACUACUGGAGGGAGGUCCCGCCCACGGUGGACGGCAUGCUGGGGGGGUACGGCAGCAUCUCCAACGUGGACAUCAACGGUUCCAAGGCCUUCCUGAAGAAGUUCCUGGGGGAAGGAGACGGGAGAACGGGGACAGGCUGCGCGCUGGACUGCGGCGCCGGGAUCGGCAGGAUCACCAAGCGGCUGCUGCUGCCGCUCUUCAGAACCGUGGACCUGGUGGACGUGACGAAGGAGUUCCUGGACAAGGCCCGGUCCUACCUGGGCGAGGACGGCAAGCGGGUGGGGAACUACUUCUGCUGCGGCCUGCAGGAGUUCGUGCCGGAGGCGGGACGCUACGACGUCAUCUGGAUCCAGUGGGUCAUCGGUCACCUGACGGACGACCACCUGGUGGAGUUCCUGCGGCGCUGCCAGAGGGCGCUGCGGCCCAACGGCCUCGUCGUCAUCAAGGACAACGUGGCGUACGAAGGCGUCGUCCCCGACGACGUGGACAGCAGCGUCUGCCGGGACCUGGACAUCGUCCGGCGCCUGGUGGGCCGGGCCGGGCUCCGGGUCGUCCACGAGGAGCAGCAGCAGAACUUCCCCAAGGAGAUCUACCAGGUCCACAUCCUGGCCCUCAGAUAGGCCCGUCUGGACGCCGCUGGGACUCUGACCCGCUCCGGUUCUGAGGAACCGACCCGGUUCUGAAGAACCAACACGUUUCUGGGUUUGGUGCAAAAAAAAA